AGAUCUGUUUUUUAUUUACUGUGUUAUGUGGCUCUUCAUCAGAAAAAAUAAGUUCUUCUGUUUCAGCUGGCAUAGUAAAAAGGAACUGCACAAAGAAGGGCUGGUCUGACUCAUUCCCUCCCUACCAUAUUGCUUGUCCAAUAGAAGAUGAGAUUCCACUUGAAGAACAAUCCUACUUUUCUACUAUAAAGAUAAUCUACACUGUAGGACACAGUGUAUCUAUCACCUCACUCAUUAUUGCCGUGACAGUUCUUAUUGCUUUCAGGAGGCUUCGAUGUCCCAGAAAUUAUAUCCAUGUGCAGCUCUUUUUUACUUUUAUCUUAAAAGCUAUUGCCGUUUUCAUAAAGGAUGCUGUCCUUUUCCAAGCAGAAGACAUUGAUCAUUGCAGCUUCUCUACAACUGAAUGCAAGAUCUCAGUUGUUUUCUGUCACUACUUCAUGAUGACCAACUUCAUGUGGCUGCUGGUAGAGGCUCUUUACCUGAACUGCCUUCUACUCUCAUCCCUUUCUCAUGGAAGAAAAUAUUUUUGGUGGCUUGUUCUCUUUGGCUGGGGUUUUCCAACACUUUUCACCCUUAUAUGGAUAUUAGCAAAAUUCUACUUUGAAGACACAGCAUGCUGGGAUAUUAAUCAAGGCUCUCCAUACUGGUGGCUAAUCAAAGGACCUAUUAUAAUAUCUGUUGGGGUCAAUUUUGUCCUAUUUAUCAACAUCAUCAGAAUUUUGCUGAAGAAACUAGACCCUAGACAAAUCAACUUCAAUAACUCUUCUCAGUACAGACGACUCUCAAGGUCAACUCUGCUUCUAAUUCCAUUAUUUGGAACCCAUUAUAUUGUCUUCAACUUUCUUCCGGAAUAUACCAGCCUGGGGCUUCGGCUUUACUUAGAGCUCUGCAUUGGAUCUUUUCAGGGGUUUAUUGUAGCAGUUCUCUACUGUUUCCUGAACCAAGAGGUGCAAACGGAAAUUGGCCGUAGGUGGCACGGUAAAAGAUAUGGACUUAUGCCAGCGUGGAGGAGGACGAGAUGGACUGUGCCAUCUAGUUCUGGAGUGAAAAUGACCACAUCUGUGUGCUAA